GGUCUAAAGUUGAUUAUCUUUCUUGGUUUUUUUUUAAGUGAUCUCCCCUUACCGACCAGAAGACUUCCUUUUCCGGAAUAUUCAUUCGUCAUAAUGACCACCAAAUUAAAGAAAACAAGAAAGCUUCGUGGUCAUGUCAGCCAUGGACAUGGUCGUGUUGGCAAACACCGCAAGCAUCCAGGUGGUCGUGGUAAUGCUGGUGGUCAGCAUCAUCACAGAAUUAACUUUGACAAAUACCACCCUGGUUACUUUGGUAAAGUUGGUAUGAGAUACUUUCACAAGACAAACAAUAAAUUUUACUGCCCAUCAGUAAAUCUUGACAAACUGUGGUCCCUCUUGAGUGAGCAAUCCAGAGCCAAAUAUCUUGAUGCACCAUCUGAGAAGGCUCCAGUUAUUGAUGUUGGACAGGCUGGUUAUUACAAAGUUCUUGGCAAAGGUCAUCUUCCCAAAAGACCAGUUAUUGUCAAGGCCAAAUUCUUCAGUAAAGUUGCAGAAAAGAGAAUUAAGGAAGUUGGGGGUGCAUGUGUCCUCACAUCUUAAUUUUACACAAUUAAAGUUAUAAUAGUA